AGUGUUGAAAGUUGCUUAAAUCUCUCGUUAUUUCUACUAUCAAACACCUAGAGUAUUUAUCAAACUUCUCUACAAGAAGACAGAUUUUUUUUUUUUUUUAUGCGAUGGACAGUGUUAAGAGAGAGACAGGCAGGUAAAGAUCUUUUUGACCGAUCGCUGCAGUCGCGGAGAGGAAACAGCGGAGCUGAGUGACGCUCACGCUCAUGCACAUACAUAAAAGCUCAAUCUCUCAUCUGCGUGCCCACAGACGCACAAUCCGCUUGACCGGUGCAGCAGGCUUUGUUAUAAUUUAUCCACUUCUAUAAUCCGUGCUUUAAACCACAAUGGAAGAUAAUAUGGAGGAGGGACAGACACAAAAAGGGUGCUCUGAAUGCUGCCUCAAAUGCCUGAGUGGGAUCCCCUACGCCUCUCUGAUCGCCACCAUCCUGCUUUAUGCUGGAGUGGCGCUAUUCUGCGGCUGUGGUCAUGAGGCUCUCUCUGGUACCGUCACCAUCUUGCAGACCUACUUUAAUGUUGCACGGUCGCCUAUUGAUGCUCUGGAUGUCUUUACCAUGAUUGACAUCUUUAAAUAUGUGAUCUAUGGAGUGGCAGCAGCCUUCUUCGUCUAUGGUAUUCUGCUGAUGGUGGAGGGCUUUUUCACCACUGGGGCCAUCCGGGAUCUGUAUGGGGACUUUAAGAUCACCACCUGUGGACGUUGUGUUAGUGCUUGGUUCAUCAUGCUUACGUAUAUCUUUAUGUUGGCUUGGCUGGGGGUAACGGCCUUCACCUCCCUGCCUGUCUUCAUGUAUUUCAAUAUCUGGAACACCUGUCAGAACACACAGAACCUGUCAUCCACACUGGUGGAUAGUUUCAACCUGUGCUUCGAUCUACGCCAGUUUGGAAUUGUGUCCGUUGGUGAGGAGAAAAAACUGUGUACUGCUUCUGAGAACUUCAUCAAGAUGUGUGAAUCUAAUGAGCUGGACCUGACAUUCCACUUGUUUGUCUGUGCACUUGCUGGGGCUGGAGCAGCCGUUAUCGCCAUGGUGCACUACCUGAUGGUGCUGUCAGCUAACUGGGCUUACGUGAAGGAUGCCUGCCGGAUGCAGAAAUAUGAGGAUAUCAAGUCCAAGGAGGAGCAGGAGCUUCAUGAUAUCCAUUCUACUCGCUCUAAAGAGCGUUUGAAUGCAUACACAUAAAGCAUGCGGUCAUGCACACACACGUACAUAUAUAAAUAUGUAAACACACACAAACAAGCAUGCCCUUCCCCUACAUGAAGACACACAUAUAAACUAAACUGUUAAGUAAUUUUUAAUUUCCAUGGUUUACAGGGGUAAGGGAUAGCUGGGUGGUUGGGAUGGGAUGGGGAGAUAAAUAACUGUAACAUAUACUAUGUACGGGUGUCACCCAGAAUGUUGGUCAAGGGGCACACUUAUCAUCUGCAUGGCAACGUCUCUGACGACCCAUACAUUUCCAUAAUUUAGAUUUAAUUUUAUCAUCUUUGUUCCUUUGUCUGAUUUCAUUUCUCCUUUACCUUAUGUUUUUUGAGACAGCACAUCUUGUUAACAUACAAAGUUGAGUGACUUCUCUUUUGUACCACAUAAUAUUAGGUCCCACUGGGUAUUGAUUUGUAAGGGUUUUGGGGGUUUAGCCAAUGGGAUCGCAGAACACUUUUCACAUUUUUGUAUUACACAACAAAGAUUUACAUUUUUCAAGCUCACUCUAAAUGGCUAGUCAUGAUUUAGACUGACAGAUUUUUAUUUUGUUUUAACUUUCAAAACCAAAAUGUGACCAAACUUGUAACUUAUGAUUUACAGGUUAUUCGCUCAGGCUGCCACACUUAAAGCAGCAACAGCACAAAAAUGUACAGAUUAUUUUCCAACAAAUUCAGUUUUGGAGUGCCAGGGAUUUUCAGAAGUACCUUAAAGUGACUUUUACUGCUAUACUGUAGCUUGGCCUAACUGUAUUUGCUAGCUGUGUUCAGUAUUAAUGGAAGGUGUGACACUGGUUCUUAAUAACCAUUUGUUAAGCUUUGAUGGAAAUGGAUGCUGAAUGAGAAGGUGUCAGAAAAAUGGACUGUAGGAGAUCGUCUUAAAUCAACUCGAGCGGUCACGUAGGAUUUGCCUUGGAAGACUCUGUGGAUAUUUGAUUUCUCUCAUCCAUUGCAAGCCAUACUCUCACAUGCAAAUAACAUUUUCAGCUGUUUUAUCACUUAGUUUUUGCUUUAACUUUUUAAAUGCAAGAAAUCAAACAAAACAAGUUUCUUUCAUAAUUUCUCUGAAAUGUAUAUACAGUAUAUCUCUUUAUAAAUGUAUACAAAUUUCAUCUCAACACAUCUCAGAUCAUCGUUCAUAUCGGAGAAAUAUAAAUCUAAAUGGAAAAUAUUGAUUACAGGGGUUCUGCCAAACACUGAGGAAGGUUGAAUAUCACAUUUGUUCGUGAACAAAAAGGUACAGUAUUUGCUUAACAACAUCAUAUGCUUCCAGGGGUGUAAAAAGUACUCUGUAAUUAUACUUAAGUGAAAUUAUGGAUACUAAGUGAAAAUUGUACUCAAUUGAAAGUAUCCAAGUAUCUAGCCAAAAAUAUACUUGAGUGAAAGUAAAAAAGUAUUCACAUAAAUUGUACUUAAGUUUAAAAACGUAACUUUUUUCCUAGCUAGAAUGAAAUCAAGAGAGGAGAUUACAUGAGUGAGGAUGUUGUUAAAUUCAGUUGGUUUGAAAGUUGCCUUUUUACUGUCAUAUUUCUCCCCCAGUGGUAUUUGCAACCUGGUCAAAGAAUCAUGUUACAAUAACACAAUUUUUGCAAUAUAAUUUUAUGUGGCCUGUUGUACGUAACACGGCAAUUUCCUGGUGGAAUGAACACUAGAGGCGCUAAAACAAUCAAAAUCACUCAAAUCAGGAGUAUAACGGCAGAUUAUCAGUUCAUAAACACUUCCUUUUGCUCUGUUCCUCACAUAAUGCAAUCUUAUGACAUAUAACUCCUUAACUAUAGCACAUGACUCAUUUUAAUAUUUGCAUUACAUAACCAACUACAUUUCCAUGCUUGCUUCAGUGUGCUCAAACUGCAUGGUAGCUCAACUGAUAGAGUGUUGCAUACGCAAUACAAAAGACCGGGAUACGAGUCCGAAAGAGCACGCAAAUCGACACGUGAGCCCAAAGUGUCAUAGAAGCACCAAAUGAUGUGGUUGCUUCAGAAAUGUUGUUUUUCCUCUCCCAUUUGCUUUUUAUGACACUGUCAUUUAGGUUUAAGGUUUAGGGUACCUCCCUACCCUAAACCUUAAACCUAAACCUAACCGAUAGUGUCAUAAAAGCUGUUCAGAAGAACAUUUCACUCACUUUAAGCACCACACAGUGCACAUUUCACUUCGGAACUGCCGUGAUACAUGUAAAGAACCACAUAAUUUUAUUUUGCAAAAAACAUUGCCACAGUUACACAAUGUUCGUUGCAUGGGAGAAGGCACUCACGAAUUGUGAUAUCAGAGCACCCAGCCCCUUGAGACAUAGAGAGAGAAAAAAAAAAAAUCUAAAUAAGUUUGGGAGAAAGUUAGUAAUGUUGCUGGUUUUGUGAAUUGUUUUCUGAGGUUUGUUAUCAAAUCUUGCUGUUGAGCAGAUGGAUGAAUUCAAUAAAAUUCAUAUUUAAUAUUAAUCAGAUUCUAUUAUUUUUAUUAUCAUUAUUAUCAUCAUUAUCAUUGCUGGUUUUAUAGUUAUUAUUAUUAUAACUUAAUAGUUGCCUAACAACAACAAUAAUAAUUCAACAAAUAGGAAGUAAAAAUGCAUAGAUAUGAUUUAAAUAUGAAGGCAGUAUAAGUAUAAUACUUAAGUAUUUUUACACAGUUACUUUACACCCCUGUAUGUUUCAACUAAGAACAUGAAAGAUAUGUAUGUGUGACCAUAUAUUACUCUUCUUUAUGGACCAAACUCAGUGUUUUGGCUCGGUCUUGCCUACUUCAGUUGCCCUAGUUUUGCAGUAAGGUGUCUCAUAAUUUGUUUUCUGACAAUAGUGCUUUUGUCAGUGUCUCAAAAAACAAACAAGAUCAAAAAAAAAAAAAAAAAAAAAAAAAAAAGAUAGUUUUUGCACACUUAUGGACCAUUGUGAGUUGUUUGUUGUAAGUGCAUUUGGAACCAAUGCUGAGUCCCUGUACUCUUACUAGUCAUGCAGCAUUUUCAAACCACAAAAGAAACUUGUAUUAGGUAAAAAAAUAAAAAAAAAAGUAAA